ACUUUCAGCGAUUUCGAAACGCGGUUGUGAAAACGUUUAGAUUGAGUCCUUUGAGCCACUGUCAUCAUGUGAUCGGAACAGAAAAAACAACUACACACAACCAUUUUACAUUGAAAACAAAGGUGUAGUGUGAGUGACUAUGGCCCAGGCCCAUCGUCCCGACAGGAUUGCUGUUCUGUCUCCCUUGGAGGAGUCUAGUGCGGAGGUCAGCAGAGAUAGCGGCAUCGUUUCUCUGAGCGCCAGCAGCUUGUCCAUGGUCAGCGAGGCCCUCAGCAGCGGGACUGUCUCUCAAAGCCCCAGCUUCGGCGCUGCGGUGUCUCAGAGUCCAAGCUUCAAUUCCGGGGAGCCAGUGCUAGAGUGCGUGGACGAGGAGAUCCUGAGACACACCGCUCAAAGUUACUCUACGUACAUCAGAGCGAACGCAAGCGAUGAGAUCCUUAAUUUAGAGAAGAGUUUGGAGGAAAUGCUCACAAGAGUAGAUGAAUUUGUGGGAAUGCUUGACAUGAUCCGCAAUGAUACCUCACAAAUUGUCAACGAGAAUCUACCUCAAAUCCACAGAAAAUCAGAAGAGAUGAGACAAAUCUACAGUAAGAUUGACAAGCUGGAAGCUUUUGUGAAGAUGGUCGGUGCUAAUGUGAAUGCAAUGGAGGAUCAGGUAACACAGGCUGAAGGGGAAGUUGGGACCUUACCAGGAGCCUUUAAGAAAAUAUUCCGGACAAUGAGUGUUCCAGGAUUCUUAAAUAAACCAUCCAGCCCCAGAAGACCCCAGAAUCACAGCCAAGAGCUCCCUGCUGUGUUCCGCACUGAUGACUACUUCCCCCCUCAUACAGAUUACUCAGGGGGAGUGUAGACCGCUCACCUGUCUCUAAUGAUCAUCUGUAAUGGCUGGAGGGCUAUAGAGAGGAGUACUUCAGCACAUAGCAACUGCUGUGGAAAGACCCUGUGGUGCUCCAGCCUCAAGAGCAAUAUGGACCCAGGCACAAGGUGUAUCUGGAUUUUUAUAUUUUGUGUCAGUUCAUUUACAACUUUGUAGCCAGAUUGUUUGUUUGUUUGUCUUUUUUUGUUUGUUUGUUUGUUUGUUUUUAAGAUGGAUGUCCAAGUGCCUCUUUCUGUUAAAUUAUCCUGUGUGUCUGCCAGGGGGGUUGGAGUUGAAAUGUCUGACAUAAUGGAUACUGCAUACAAACUGCUGUUAAUAGAUUUAUACAAUAAUAGUAUUGCAUAUUGUACUUACAUUUUCUUGCAUUAAGGAGAUUUGAUGUCUUAACUUACACAUUUGUUGUUAAAUUUGCUAUGCAGUCACAAAUGACCAAAUGCUACUGAGUAUAUUUCUGUUCAUUUUUGAAUAUGGACAACAUGACCUAACAUAUUCUGUUUAUACCUCUAUUUGCCAGUUGUAAUAACAACAUAAUUGAAUUUAUUAAAGAAUGUUUUUAAGUAAA